UCCCCCUUGCUCGUGCACCUUUGCUCCCGCCAAGCGUCAGCCAACAGCCGGAGUGCUCGUACAUUUUUUAGCCCCCUUUGGUGGUUCACCUCGAGAGCCGACGGGCGUGUAUAUACGCGUGGGCCGCGCCAAGAGGGAGAAAGAGAGCGCGCCGGUCGCGUUGUUCGCCCGUGAGCAAGGGGCAUAAUUUUCGCGUGUCCUUGAACACAUUGUUUUUUUUUCGCGACAGGAUGGCCGAGCUGCGUCGCUCGAUGCUUUGGCUGCUGCCGAUGCUCGCCGGGUGUCUAGUCAGUGCUCAAGUGAUCAUCGACGCGGGCGACAACCCUGGAGCCGAAGAGCCGGAUUUCCCCAUACCCGAAUACAUAAAACCGUGCAGUCGAAAGGAUCCCGAAAUCAGCAAGUGUAUCCAGAUAGCCUUCAACCACCUCCGUCCGUACCUCGUGGAUGGUCUGAAAGACGCCAGCACAGACCUGGACGUGCCGCCGAUCGAGCCGCUGGUGAUACCCGAGCUGCUGAUGGAAAAUGGCCAGGGAGCUGUGCGCGUGCGCGCCGUUUUCUCCAACAUAACGGCCUUCGGGCCCGGCAACUACUCGAUCAGCAAAGUCAGGUCCGACAUAAAGAACCUCAGGCUGGACAUAACCCUGGGCAUACCCAGCAUCGAGAUCCGGGGCCGGUACUCCGUGGUCGGGCAGGUGUUGCUCUUCCCCAUAAAGAGCAUCGGCGACUUUUGGGCCUUCUUCGGUGACGUGGUGGCGUUCGCCCGAGUCCAGGGAGUGGAGGAGAGGCGCAACGGCGUGCGGUACAUGAGGAUCGCCAAGAUGCAGAUCGACUUCAAACUCGAGCGGGCGCGCUUCAACAUAAACGACAAAGUGAACGGUGACAACGUCAUCGGCCAAGCGAUGAAUAAUUUCCUCAAUCAAAACCACAAGGAGAUCAUCGAUGAGAUGCGCCCGGCCGCGAGCGCCAGUAUAGCCAAGCACUUUAUGGCCUUCCUCAACAACGCCUUCACCAAGAUACCUCUCAAAGUUUGGCUCAGCGACACGUAGAGCCACUUUUUUUUUUACACCCUUUCUCACGCCCUUCCCUCAUCGCGCACGUUGGUGUACAAAGGGUGUCGCAAAGUGCCUGUUGCUUUGUAGUUUUUUUUUUGUUUCCUCCUGCCUUUUUGUCACAAACUUUGUUGGACCACACGAUUGGCAGGAGCUUGUGUGUUUAUUUUUUCGUAAAUUCUCAACUCCAAAGAGCCUUUGUAUAGCUCUUGGAGUGUUUG